AAACAUGAUAUUAUUUUAUAAAGUCUAUAAAACAAUUUUUUUUAUUCUCAGAAAUAAGAAAACUAUAACGAUCAUCCCCAAGUAAAAAAAAUUGGAGAUUUAUAAUUUGCCGAGCUUGCAGAUUAGAAUCAGCAGUAAAUUGCCCUUGAAAAAUUUAGUUUCAUGAAGGUGAAGAUGAAGAUCCCACGGUAAUUUUUUAUUACUACAGUGUUGUUCGAGGGUUGUUUUUGCAAUCCUGAUUAGAAUAAAAGUUCAAUAAAGUUGGUGGUUAUAGAGAAACAGAGCAAAGUUUCUAAAGUUGCUUUCUUUUUUUUCCCCUGUCAAUGUUAGUUAUACUCUAUGUCUGUGUCUCUCUCUCCUUUCACUUUGAUAUUUUUUUUCUUCCCUUUAUUUACGCCGCUCCUACUUCCAAUUUCACACUUUUUCUCUCCCAUUUGUUGAACCAAAACAAGACCAACCAAUCUUCUUUCUACGUUCUGCAUAUUCUAUCAAGACCACCACUUGCUUCUGAUUCUCUACCGUUCUGUUCCUCUCACAUAGAAGAAGAAGAAGAAAAGGAAAAUGUCUGAAUUUUCUUUGUCCUCAACUACCUCCAAGAAAGCUCAUUUCUCAAUCUCAAGUCUUCUCCUCUCUGAAUUCUUCCUCUUCUGUUCCUUCAUUUUGUGUCAUCCUUUAUAUUUCUUAUACCUCAUUUUCUUGUUUCCUUACCUCUUCAAGCUCCUCUCAUUCCUUUCUCCUCUUUUUGCUACUACUUUUCUUUUACUCUUAGUUCUCCUCACUUUCUCUCCUAAUCUUGUCCAUGAAACUCUGAGUCCUGAAUUGUCUGAAUCAAAAGUGAGUUUUGUACUUGGAACAUACCAAGCAGUUGUAGAGAGAUUGCGGUCUAAGGUAGAGGAAGGAGGGAAUGAUGAGUUUAAUCAAUUUGAGGAGCUAGAAGCGUAUAAGAUCGUGUUCGAGACUUCUAAUUUUGAUAUUGGAGUUGCAAGUACUGAGUUGGAAGCUAAAGAAAAUGGCCUAGAAAGCAAUGAAGCACAGGCUAACACGAGUUCAGGCCAUCAAGAUUCUGUUCUAGGCGUCUCUGAGGUUGUAAGUGGUAAUUUUAAUGAAAAUUCAGUUGUGAUUACAAGAUCAGAAAGUUCUCAACUGAUUGCGGAAGGAAAUAAAUUAGAAGUAUUCUUGCAUCAAAAGCAGAAGUUCGAAGAUUUUGCAAUCCAAAAAGGAGAAAAAGAAGUCAAGCCACUGAGCGAGAACUCCAAUAAAGUUGAAGAACAGAAAGAGGAAACAUAUGUGAAAAGUGGAUCCAAGGCAAUGGGUUUUCUAGGAGAUGGUAAAGUAGGUGUGGAAGAUAGUAGAGUGUACAUUCCAAGGAUGAAUUCCCAAAAACUUGAAGCAAAUCCUUGGAUUGAUGCUAAUGAUGGUGAUGGAGAGUACACUCCCAGAGUUAUGGACAAAUCUCAGUCGAUGGGAUCAAAUCUUGGGAGUUUUGGAUCAAUGAGAAAAGAAAAAGAGUGGAGGAGGACAUUGGCAUGCAAGCUUUUUGAGGAGAGACGCAAUGUGGAUGGAGGUGAAGGGAUGGAUUUGCUUUGGGAGACAUAUGAGAAUGAUUCUAUGAAGGCGCAGGCAAAAAGCAAAACAAAGAAGGGAAAGAAAGGAAGCAUUGAGUACUAUGAUGAUGAAGAUGAAGAGGAAGAGAAUGAAGGGCAACUAUGUUGCUUGCAGGCUCUCAAAUUCUCAGCUGGGAAGAUGAAUUUGGGAAUGGGAAGGCCUAAUCUUGUCAAGAUCUCCAAGGCCCUGAAGGGGUUUGGAUGGUUGCACCAUGUGACCAAGAAGAAGGGUUACCGUUAAUUUAGCAAGAUUUUUUUUUUACAUGUCUUAAUCUUAAUGUUUAAGUGGCUCAACAAAUAUGUGUAUUUUGUUCAAGUAUCACAAGUAAAUAUGUUCUAUUCUUCUAUUUUGCAUGAAAGAUAGUCUUUAUUCAGAAAUAAGGCAAAAAUGGUGUAUCAACUUAGAUGAUGAGAGGAUUAAUUCCAACAUUUUUUAUGGAUGUUAA